AUGCUGGCAAGACCAGUGACGUUGCUAGGCACAUCGCUGACCCGUCUCCCCACAGCGCCUGUCCUCGGCGUCAUCCUGCAGCAGCCUGGAUCACGACCGACGGCGAGCAAUCUGACAUAUGGCAGCUCUGGGAUGGCCGAGAUCGGUUCACCAACACCCUUGUCGUACCUGGCGACGUGCCUGUCGAUGCUCUGCGGCGGCACCACAUCGCUGUUUGCCACAUACGGGUCGUCGUUUGGCGAGAUUCUCGGGUUUACACAGUACGAGACAAACCUGGUUGCCUCACUCGGCGACUAUGCACACUACAUGAGCGCCCCGCUGUUUGGCUACCUCUCGUCGCGCUACUUUGGGCUUGGCUAUGCAUUCUCAAACUUUGAUACGCCAUUCCAACGCACCCAUCACUAUGUGGCGUCCAUGUCGCUGCUGUUUGCGCUGGUGGGCGUGGGCUCCAAGGCUGCGUACAUGUCGUCGAUGGCCACGACAGCGCGGAAUUUUAAACACUCUAGGAUUUCAGGGAUUGCGCUCGGGAUUCCGAUUUCGCUAUACGGACUGUCGACGUUUGUGUUCUCGUCGUUGAAGGCAAGGUGGUUCGAGUCGGACCUGACGCCAUCGCGGUACUUGACGUUUAUGGCUAUAGUGUCGUUGAUUGCUCAUAUCGCAGCUGCACACUUUGUUGUUGUCAAAGAGGACCCCGCUAUGGCUGUGCGCAGGCGUGCUGCAUCAGUGAACAGGGCAAACCGCGAAAGGGCACAGUCGGAGGCGAUUGAGAUGGUCGAGUCGCGGAGGCGCCGGGCAAUGACGACAGGCAACGAGCAGGGACUUGCCAGCAACAAAGCAGCAUUGGCUGACGACGACGCAGCAGAGAAGCGGCCCACUGGUGAAACUCAGCCGGCGCCGGCAUUGGCGCCAUCCUUGCAAGGCGACGACCCAAUCUUCCGCCGGUUCAGCAGGGAUCCUCUGGCGUGGGCAUUGCUGCUGGGCAUGAUCUGCUUCUCAGGACCAGGCAUGGCAUUCGUCAACAACUGCGGCUCAAUGGUCCGUGCGUUGUCAAUAAACACAACGCUGACACCGGAGCAGAUCGGCCAGUUCAAGGACAACAUCGUCGCCACGCAGUCGUUCUUUUCAUUCUCAUCGCGCCUAGCUAUCGGGUACUUGUCGGAUAUCUGGCGCACGCGCCUGCGUUUGCCACGCGCCGGGCUCCUGAUUCUGGGUGGUCUGCUACAGAUCUACGCGCAGUCCAUCGCCAUGCGCGUCGCCAAGCUCGAUGAUCUGUAUUCGCUGGCCGUAGUCACCGGCAUUUCGAUGGGGUCAAUAUUCACGCUGGCACCGACGAUCACCAGCGAGACAUGGGGCGCCGAGAACUUUGGCAUCUGCUGGGGCUUCAUCACGCUCGGACCCGCCAUUGGCGGGCAUAUCUGCAAUCUGAUAUUCGGCGCCAGCUGGGAUCAAGGCUACGCCGAGAUUGUCAAGCGCCUGGGCCCAGACGCAUCGCCGGAUCUGAUGCAGUGCGACCGCUCCUGCUUCAUCCCAGCAUUCAUGGCCACGAUCCAGUACGCGUACGCAGGGGUGUUUUUCUUUGGCAUUGUAUUGUGCCUACCGCGGAUACAGGCGGUUUGGAAAAGAAAGUAG